AUGCGAUACAUCGCGGCAAAAACAGUCGUAGCAAAAAGUUCGUUGGUAUGCGUCAGACCGGAAACGUCGCCUCGGCCAAUGAGAACGAAGGAAAUGAGGGAUGAUAGUGACGAUGAUAUUCACGUUGAUAAUAACGUUAAUAUUGACAUUGAUAGUGACGUUGAUAGUAACGAUAACAGUGACAUUGAUAAUGACGCUAAUAUUGAUACUGAUAAGGAGGAAGCAGGGGCGGAGGUGGCAUGGGCGGCGGGGGCGGCUGGAGCCGAGGCGGCGGGGGCGGCUGGGGCGGCUGGGGCGGCAGGGGUGACCCCAGACACAGAUGUGUUCCAGAAAAUUCCCACCAACACCAGAAGGAGAGAGAGAGGGCCCAAGAGCUGGGAGUUUCUGUUACGCUUGCUGGGAGACCGGAGGAGCAAUCCCAGUCUGAUACGCUGGGAGGAUGAGACCCAGGCCACCUUCCGUCUGGUCCAGCCUAAUCUCAUCGCUCAGAUGUGGGGAGCCAGGUCGGAGAAACCUAACCUCUCCUACUUCAACUUCGCUCGGGGUCUCAGAUAUCACUACAGCACCGGAGCUUUGCUGCCGGUAUCAGAGAAGCAACUGGUGUACCGGUGUGGACCGAAGGCUAUCAAGUACCUCAGAGAAUUGAAAGAAAGAUCCUUCUACUGAUGGCUUUCUUUUGUUUCACACAUACUAGUCUGCAGGCAAGACCGUAUUCUGAUUUUCAUACUAGAAUCUAUCAACAAUAAGAACUUGGCUUAGACAACAGUAUACUUCGGUGCUAACAAGAGGAUCACAUAUCUUUAUGCUACAUCUGUAAAACGAAAGUGAAAUCAGAAUACUGUACCCCUGAACACCUCCUAGAACUGACUUUACAAUAAAGGCAGUAUAAGUUUUAACUUCUCAUAUAUGACUGGAUUGGUAAGGGAUGUUAAUACUCAACCCACAUCUUUCAUCAUCAUGCUACGUUUCUGGAAAAUUUAGAUGAUCAAAUAUUCUCUUUCCCCCGAGUCCGUUUUCCCAGGAAAUCAGAUGUCCGUCCCAUCCGUUGGGGUAACCCAAUAAGAAUGUGAACCACGAACUCUGAACUCACUUCGCCUCUUUCCUCUCAUUAAGGCCAGUAAACACAAUGUUCUGAGAGGAAGUGAGUCGAACUCCAGACAUUCUCACAAGUCUCAGUGCCGUCCAUAGCGGCUACUACUCAGCAGGCAGCAUAUAUAGGCCUACCUCAUUCCUUAGUGGUAUUUUGUACUUUUAUAACAAUUGAAAGGUAUUGUUGACAUUUAAGUAGAAUUGACCAAAGACAAGUUGAUGUACCUGAUAAUUGUGAAAUAUUAAGUUACUCUUGUUUUGCAGUUCAUUAGACCGGUAUGUUAUUUUGUAAUAUUAAGUACAGCUAUUAGAAUGUGUAGCUGUUACCUCCGUGAGCAGCUAUCAAGGUUCACACAUCAAAGUUGUCAUAUUUAGUCAUUUUCAAUCUUAUUGCCAUAUAUAGCAUAAGACAAUCGUUUUCAGAUUAUGUAACCAAGUGUAUACUAAUGACAACUAGUAGACUAUCACUAUACUAGUUGUCAUUAGUAUACUAGCUGUCAUUAGCAUAUUAUCACUAGCUAUAACUAGUAUACUAGCUAUCACUAGUACACUACCUGCCACUAGAAAGCACAGACAACGCGUGAUCUCAUAAUUCCUAGAAAAGCAACAUCAUA